AUGCCCAGGGUCUUUCUUGUGAGGAGUCGGCGCCCACAGCCACCUAACUGGAGCCACCUUCCUGACCAGCUGCGGGGAGAUGCCUAUGUCCCAGACUGCAGCAGCCUGGCAGUGCCACCAGCACACAGAUCUCCUGGUCUGAGAGACACCUGGGCAGUGUCCUCACAGGGGAUGCUGACCUCUGCUCCCAAGGGCACUGGGACACUUGGCUGCCCCCUCUGCCCCAAGGCCUUCCCGCUGCAACGCAUGCUGACUCGGCACCUCAAAUGCCACAGCCCGGCGAGGCGCCACGUGUGCCACUAUUGCGGCAAAGGCUUUCACGACGCCUUCGAUCUCAAGCGCCACAUGAGGACUCACACUGGAAUACGGCCAUUCCGGUGCGGAGCUUGUGGAAAAGCUUUCACACAGCGCUGCUCCCUUGAAGCUCACCUUGCCAAGGUGCACGGGCAGCCAGCCAGCUACGCCUACCGGGAGCGCAGGGAGAAGCUGCACGUAUGUGAAGACUGCGGUUUCACCAGCUCUCGGCCCGAGGCUUAUGCACAGCACCGCACCCUACACCGCACAACCUGA